UUUGGGAAAAUCCACCUUUGCUGCUUAUCGCAUCGAUUCCUAUCGUGCGUAGGGCUUGGUGGCGUGACGAAGAAGACUACUCUCGUGUCGCAGAGGGAGCUCCUGAGUGAAGAAGUUAAUGAGCCACGGGAGAUAGGUUCAAUAUUCGCCUUUAACAACGCCCGUGAAUGAUUAGCGCCGUUCCUGAUAAUGGCGCCGAACCGGAGUAUAUAAGACCUGCCCGACAUCGCCCACCUUCUACAGUGAAGCGUUGGAAGUCCUCCUCACCGGGUUAGUUGCUAGUUACACAGGCAAGAAGAUGAACAAGUUCGCGUCCGUGUUGGUGUUGGCCGCCAUCUGUCUGGCGGGCGUGUCGGCCCAGUGUCCGCGCAUUGUGACCCGCGCCCAGUGGGGAGCCCGCGGUGCCAGCACCUCCCAGCUGCCGAUCCGUCCGGCGCCGUGGGUCGUGAUGCACCACACGGCCGGUGCGCACUGCACCACGGAUGCGGCCUGCGCCCAGCAGAUGCGCAACAUCCAGUCCUUCCACAUGGACGGCAACGGUUGGGCCGACAUCGGGUACAACUUCCUGGUCGGCGAGAACGGUGCGGCGUACGAGGGCCGCGGCUGGGGCCGUCAGGGAGCGCACGCACCCGGCUACAACGAUCGCUCGGUCGGUAUGGGUGUGAUGGGCACGUUCACCAACGGCAUCCCGAAUGCGGCCGCCCGCAACGCUGCCCAGCAGCUGAUCAGCUGCGGUGUCUCGCUCGGCCAUAUCGCCAACAACUACUGGCUGAUUGGGCACCGACAGGCCGUCGCUACUGCCUGCCCCGGUAACGCUUUCUUCAACGAGAUCCGCAACUGGGCCCGCUUCAACCCGAACGUCUAAAGACUGGUUGUGUGCAAUUGUGUCAAAUCUGUUUAUAAAUAUUAAAGUAUAGCGUAAGAAAUAUCUCUUUUACAAAACCGUACGGCGAGUAGUUUCAUUGCGUAGACGUAAUGCACUUAACGUUUCGGAGCGACUCACAGAGUAAUACCAUGACUCAGGGAAUUUUAUUCCUAAUGAGGAACGAUAAGACUCUGGCGUAAAUGUAGACCGCUUGUAAUGAUAGUGUCCGAAUAUCUUCCUUACUACCUAUUAUUGCUAUCGAAUCAAAGGCUCAACUUCUUCUCACCAUGAAGUUAGGAAGCUUCAUAAGAGUAUUGGAAAAUCCUUAAUAUAUCAAAAGACUCAAGUCGUUCAAUGGCUCGUGGUAUAAGCGAGGAACUCCUUGACUAUUGGAGUAUUGUAGAAAUUGCUAAUUUUUCUCCAGUACAGUAACAAUCGGACAAUAAUUGCCAAAACAAUUGCGAUUAAAGUUAAUAUAAAGAUGGAAUUGUUAGACUUUUAUUUAGUUUCAAAAUAGCUUCAACUAGCAUGGAACAGUUGCUUACAUUUCGAUGGAAAAGAGUAGUUAACAGGCAAUUAAAUCUAACAAUAGUUUCC